UUCUGUCGCGUCGUUAAGGAAGUUGCAGACGGAACGUCCUCCUUCUUUUAAGACCUCACUGUCUGUUGAGCGGUGUCGCAACCAUGAGAUUGAUCGUCCUUUUCCUGUUGUUUCAAGGGCUGCAGGUUGAAGGUUUAAACCCAAUAGGCCCCACAAUCACAAUUACAGGGUAUGUAGGUGAAUCCAUUGUCUUGCCAGGCAGCAUCCCUGAUUCAUGGACUGUGAACAGAAUUGACUGGACAAUAUUACACAACAGCACCUGGAUUGCAACAUGGGACCAAGCUGGUAUAAAUACUGAACGUCGCCCAGAAUAUGCAGGGAGGCUCAAACUUGACACAAAAUCAGCGAAUUUAACGAUCCAAAAUCUUCAAUUACGUGAUGCGAUGACUUAUUAUGUGGAGCUGGUCAACACAACAGUUUUCACCCUAAGAAACCAGGUCAAUCUCAUAGUGAAAGUGCGCCUCAAGAAACCGACCUUACAGCUUUACCAAAAUUUCACACCAAGCGAGAAUGGCUGUGUUUUGGUGCUCAACUGUUCUUCUCCUGAUCCUGGUGUCGCCUUCACCUGGAAGGUCAACCCUACGUGUCAUCACUGCAGCAACAACUCUUUGAAUGGCACGUCAGAGCUUCUCGCCUUUUUCUUGACAACCCCAGACUCUGUAAAUCUCACCUGCAUUGUCAUGCGCGAAUCGCAGAGCAGAUCAAGCUUUUUGAUGUCAAAGAUUAAAGUUCCAAGAUUCGAACCCCCACCCGAUUGUGGUUUCGCUUGGGGAUUGUUCGCUACUUUGCUGAUUGUGAUUGUGGUGACUUCACUUUUGCAUUUCAGAGAGAAUAUAAUCAACAUGUUCCAGAGGGGAAGAACAAAUAGUUUCAAUCCAUCAUCACCAGAGUCCAUGCGGAGAGCGGGAUUUCCCAACAAUAAAAGUCCUAAAUUUGACAUGGUUGUUUUAAAAGGAGUAUUGUGCUGUUCAACUGUUAAGAAAAUAACACCCCCGAGUUUAUUUUAAUAUUUCUUUUUAAAGAAACAGUGGUUGAGAUGAACAAUAUGAUAAGCCUUUUACCAGUAUCAUUGAAGAUAGAUAGAUAGAUAGAUAGAUAGAUAGAUAGAUAGAUAGAUAGAUAGAUAGAUAGAUAGAUAGAUAGAUAGAUAGAUAGAUAGAUAGAU